GGUUGCCGUGGCAGCGCCGCCGGAGGGAGGGCGCGGCCGGCCGGGACAGUGGCGCGCUGAGGCAGCGACGCGGCCACUGAAAGCCCGCGGCCGGGCCAGAGGCGGCGCCGGACAGGCCUGAGUGGAGGGGCGCGCCGCCCGGCCGGCGGGGAUGCGGGACCGGCUGCCGGACCUGACGGCGUGUAGGAGAAACGACGAUGGAGACACGGCCGUGGCUGUCGACGACCAUUUCAUGGAUGAUUUCUUCCACCAGGUGGAGGAGAUCAGAAGCAGCACGGCCAGGAUAGCGCAGUACGUGGAGGACGUGAAGAAGAACCACAGCAUUAUCCUGUCCGCACCCAACCCCGAAGGAAAAAUCAAAGAAGAACUCGAAGACCUGAACAAAGAAAUCAAGAAAACUGCUAACAAAAUUCGGACGAAGCUAAAAUCCAUCGAGCAGACCUUUGAUCAGGAUGAGAGCGGGAGCCGGACCUCAGUGGACCUGCGCAUCCGCAGAACCCAGCAUUCCGUGCUGUCUCGGAAGUUCGUGGAGGUCAUGACAGAGUACAAUGAAGCUCAGACUCUGUUUCGGGAGCGGAGCAAAGGCCGAAUCCAGCGCCAGCUGGAAAUCACCGGAAAGACCACCACGGACGAGGAGCUGGAGGAGAUGCUGGAGAGCGGGAAGCCGUCCAUCUUCACCUCGGAUAUCAUCUCAGAUUCGCACAUCACCAGGCAAGCGCUCAACGAGAUCGAGUCCCGCCACAAGGACAUCCUGAAGCUGGAGACCAGCAUCCGCGAGCUGCACGAGAUGUUCAUGGACAUGGCCAUGUUCGUGGAGACGCAGGGUGAAAUGAUCAACAACAUCGAGAAGAACGUCAUGAGCGCCACGGACUACGUGGAGCACGCCAAGGAGGAGACCAAGAAGGCCAUCCGCUACCAGAGCAAGGCCCGGAGGGGCCAGGGGAGCUGCUGGCCGCAGAGGCCGGGCAGGGCCGUGGACGGCUUUCCCCUGGUGGGGAGCUGGGAAGGCGCCACUGCCAGCGAGAAGUGAGGAGAAGCAGAGGGCGGGAGGCCAACCUGACCGCAAGGUGGAGCAGCGAGGGACAGAAGAGGAUGGACGGACACACCCAGGUCCCCUCAGGACACCUCCGGGCAGGCUGGCAGGCCAGGGAGAGGGGAGCCCGGUGUCACCAGAAAUGGCUCCUGACCUUCUGCCGUCUCCUCCGGGAAGGACACAGCGGAAAAUGAUGUUCAUUAUGAUUUGUGUAGUUAUCUUGCUUGUGACCCUUGGGAUUAUCCUCGCAGCAACGUUGUCAUAGCGACCGCAUCCCACAGCUUCCCUGGAGACGCAGACCACGCCCGUUGCAGUGUCCCAGCUCCGCUCUCCGUGGACCAAGGCCAGUGUGGUGGCCAGUGCUGACCAUUUGUUUCCAGGAGCUUCGGGGAGCAUGCCCGGGCACUGGGGCCUCGGACAGCGGCUGCCCGUGCUGGGCCCUCCCAGCCCGGGUUCCGGAGCCCCGCAGAGGCAGUGGCUGGGCAUCAGGAACGGACGACCACUUCGGCUACAGAACUCCUGUGCUCGGCGGGGACACUCGGUGCUGCGAAGCCAUGCGGUCGGUCGCACACAGGCGGGAGGUCCCCAGCUCUCGUGCUAAUGAAGAGGCCUUUUGUAUUAUGCGUCAUUUUGUGUUAUGGCUUGCUUGCGGAAAUAAUUUUUAUUACUGCAGAGCUGUUUUGUACAAUAUCUAUGAUUUUAAUGUGUGUGAACUAAUUGUUUAAUAUAUUAGCAACCGUACUCCAUUCUGUGUGCUCGGUUCUGGCCUCCGAAGGACUGGGCAGCACCCCAGACGCUGGCCGGGCACCCGGCUCUGCACGGAAUUCGCUGCCCUCAGAGACGCUGGCUACGGCCCCUCGCCCCUCCCGGACGCUGAGCCAGGAAGCCUGGCACCUCCAGACCUUAACCUGUCUCUGCCCACCUUCUCCAAGAUAAUAAAUUGGUUCCCGCACCACA